AUGGGCUUUGAGGACAUCCUGGAGAAGCUGGGAACUGCGGGCAGAUUCCACGUCAUUCACAUUGUUCUCCUCGCUAUCCCUCUUGCUUUGCUGUCCACCCACAAUCUGCUCCAGAACUUCGUGGCUGCUGUUCCCGACCACCGGUGCCGGGUGCGGCUGGGAGCCGAGGGCUCGCGGUACCUCAAUGUGACGGAGGAGCCGCUGAGGGAGGAGUUUCUCCGGGUGUUCCUGCCCCUGGACGAGGAAGGGAGGCCGGACAAGUGCCGCAUGUACACCUCCCCACAGUGGCAUCUCCUGGGGACCAACGAGACGCAGGGCAACGGGAGCCAACCUGACACACAGGCGUGCACCGAUGGGUGGGUGUACGACCGCUCCCAGUUCACAAUGACGAUUGUCACAGAGUGGGACCUGGUCUGCAACCGCAAACCACUGAGACACCUGGCGCAGUCUCUCUACAUGGCCGGAAUCCUGGUAGGAUCCAUCAUUCUCGGGAGGCUCUCCGACAGGUUCGGGCGACGGACAGUCCUAUGGUUGUCCCACCUACUGAUGGCGGUGUCCGGGAUGUGCGGCGCCUUCUCCUCCUCCUUCCCACUCUACUGCUUCUGGAGGGUCCUGUCAGGAAUGGCGGUGUCAGGGCUGGCUCUCAACACAGUGUGCCUGGGCAUCGAGUGGAUCCCGAUGAAAUUCCGGAUAUGUGCCGCCACGUUUUGCAACUACUUCUACACCCUCGGCCAGCUGAUCCUGCCCGGCAUUGCGUACGGAAUCCAGGAUGGCCGUUUGCUUUUCCUGGCCCUCUCCGUGCCUUUUUACGUCUUCUUCCUCUACUCUUGGUGGAUUCCCGAGUCUGCCCGGUGGCUUGUGAUGAACGACAAGAUUGAUGUGGCCCUCAAAGAGCUCAAGAGAGUGGCGAGGAUGAACGGCAAGAAGGAGGAAGCCGAGGAGAUAACAGCAGCGUUCCUCAAGUCCAGCAUGGAGGCGGAGCUAACAUCCAGCAAGGGGACGUACAACGCCUUCGACCUGUUCAAAACUCCCACAGUCCGCAGGAUAACCUUCUGCACCAUGUCCAUCUGGUUCUCGACAAGCUUCUCGUACUAUGGGCUGGCAUUGGACCUGCAAGGGUUUGGAGUUGACAUCUACCUCAUCCAGCUCAUCUUUGGAGCGAUAGACAUCCCUGCCAAGCUGGUGGGUGUUUGCACCAUGAGUUACGUCGGCAGGAGAUUCACGCAAGGCACCUCCCUCAUCCUGGCGGCGUUGGUCAUCCUGAUUAACAUCUUCGUCCCAGAAGAUCUCCAGGCCGUGCGUGUGACCCUCGCUGCCAUCGGGAAGGGGAGUCUGGGCGCUUCCUUCGCUUGCUGUUACCUCUACGUUAGCGAGAUGUACCCGACCGUGAUCAGAAUUACAACGCAUAACUGGCCCUUUUGCCCCAACGAGCUGCUAUACCCAGGUUACCACCGAUUUAACCCCAGCCUAAUCAUAGGACAAUUAAUAAUGGCCAGUUAACCUACAGACAGAGAAAAAGAUGGAUGGACAACAUUAAAGAGUGGACAGGGAAAGCACUUGCGGUGACCCAGGCUCUGGCACACAACCGCGACGGAUGGAACAAACUGGUGCAAAGCUUGACAUGACGGCACCCCAACGACUCCACCAGGAGUUAAGGGCGCAAGGAAGGAAGGAAGGAACCUACUAACCAUUUGGCCCAUCAAGUCUGCUUUGCCAUUUCAUCAUGGCUGAUCUAUUUUCCUCUCAGCCACAAUCUCCUGCCUUCUCCCCGUAUCCCUUCAUGGUUUGGCUAAUGAAGAAUCUACCAACUUCUGCCUUAAGUAUACUCCAAGUCUUGAUCUCCACAGCCGCCUGUGGCAAUGAAUUCCACAGAUUCACCACCCUCUGGCUAAAGAAAAUCCUCCUCAUUUCCAUUUUGAAAUUAUGUCGCUCUAUUCUGAUGCUGUGUCCUCUCAUCAUGGACUCUCCCACCACAGGAAGCAUCCUCCCCACGUCUACAGUAUUGAGGCCUUUCAACAUUUGAUAGGUUUCAAUGAGGCCAUCCAGGCCCAGAACCAUCAAACGCUCCUCAUAUGGUAACCCUUUCAAUACCGGAAUCAUUUUUGUGAACUGCCUUUGAACCCUCUCCAAUGUCAGCACAUCUUUUCAAAGAUGUUUUGAACAGAUCUUUUUAAAAGGGCCAAAAUCUACUCAGAAAACUCCAAGUGAGGCCUCACCAACCGCCAACAUGAAAAUCUCAACCUUACAUCCUUGCUUUUCUAUUCUAGUCCUAUUGAGAUGAACGUUAACAUUGCAUUUGCCAGACUCAACCUGCAAAUUAACCCUUAGGAAAUCCUGCACAAGGACUUCUAAGUCCCUUUGCACCUUUGAUUUCCAAUUUCCCUCUCCAUACGGAAAAUAGACCACUUCUUUAUUCCUUCUAUCAAAGUGCAUGACCAUACACUUCCCGACACUGUUUUCCAUCUGCCUCUUCUUUGCCCAUUCUCCUUGUCUGUCUAAGUCCCUAAGUCCUUCUGCAGCUUCUCUACUUCCUCAAAACUACCUGCCCCUCGACCUAUCUUUGUAUCAUCAGCAAACUUUUCAACAAAGCAAUCGAUUCUGUCAUCCAAGUCAUUGACAUAUAAUGUAAAAAGGAUCGGUACCAACACAGGCCCCUGUGGAACACCUCUAGUCACCAGCAACCAACCAGAAAAUACUUCAUUUAUUCCCGCUCUGCCUCCUGCCAAUCAGCCACUGCUUUAUCCAUGCUACAAAGUAGUAUCUUUCCUGUAAUACCAUGGUCUCUUAACCUGUUUUACAACUUCAUGUGCGGCACCUUGUCAAAAGCCUUCUGAAAAACCAGGUACACAAAAUCCACCAGUUCUUCUCUGUCUAUCCUGCUUAUUAUUUCUUCAAAAGAUUCUAACAAAUUUGUUAGGCAAGAUUUUCCCUUGAGAAAACAAUGCUGACCUCGGCUUAUUUUAUCACAUGCCUCCAAGUACUCUGAAACCAUGUCUUUAACAAUUGACUCCAUCAUCAUCCCAACUACUGAGGUCAGACUAAUAGGUUUACAGUACCCUUUCUUCUGCUUCCCUUCCUUCUUGAAAAGUGGAAUGCCAUUUGCACUUUUCCAUUCCUCUGGAACCAUACCAGAAUAGACCAUAAGAAUUAGGCCAUUCAGCCCAUCAAGUCUGCUCUGCUAUUCCAUCAUGACUGAUUCUGGAUCCCACUCAACUGCAUGCAUCUGCCUUGUCACCAUAUCCUUUGAUGCCCUGACCAAUCAGGAAACAAUCAACUUUUGCCCUAAUUAUGCCCACAGACUAGGCCUUCACUGCAGUCUGUGGCAGAGCAUUCCACAGAUCACUACACUCUACAUUAAAAAAAAAUCCUUAUCUCUGUUCUAAAAGUUUGCCCCUUAAUUUUGAGGCUGUGCCCUCUAGUUCUGGAUACCCCCACCAUUGGAAACUUGCUUUCCACAUCCACUGUAUCUAACCUUUUUAUCAUUAGGUAGGUUUCAAUGAAAUGCCCCCGCAUUCCUCUAAAUUUCAGUGAGUACAGGCCUGAAACUGCCAAACUCGCUUCAUAUAUUAACCCCUUCAUUCCCAAAAUCAUUCUUGUGAAUCUACUCUGGACUCUCUCCAAUGAGUCUCCCAUCGUUUUGGGAGAUUUUAACCAGGCCAGUCUGAAAAAAUCACUAAGCAACUACCAACAGAUCACUUGCAAUACCAGAGGAAACAACACACUGGACCAUUGCUACACCACCAUCAAGAAUGCCUACCAUGCUAUUCUACGCCCUCACUUUGGGAAGUCUGAUCACCCAGCUGUACUUCUACUCCCAGAGACUGAAGACUGCAGCACCAGCAGUAAGGACCAAGAAGGUUUGGACAAGGGAAGCACAGGAGCGCCUACAGGACAGCUUUGAAUCGGUGGACUGGACUGUAUUCAGGGAUUCAUCUUUGAACUUGGAUGAGUAUGCUGCAGUUGUUACCGACUUCAUUAAAACCUGUGUGAAUGAGUGUGUGCCUACAAAGACUUACUGUACAUUCCCAAUCCAAAAGCCAUGGAUGAACCAGGAGGUACGUCGUCUGCUGAAGGCUAGUUCUGUGGCAUUCAAGUUUGGCGACCCAGGCCUGUACUAGAAAACCAGGUAUGAUUUGCGGAGGACUAUUUCAAGGGCAAAGAAACAAUUUCGAAUGACGUUGGAGGCGACAUCGGAUGCACAGCAACUCUGGCAGGGUUUGCAAGACAUUACUUCCUACAAAGCGAAACCCAAUAACAUGAAUGGCAGUGAUGCUUCACUACCAGAUGAACUCAACGCCUUCCAUGCACACAUUGAAAGGGAGAACACAACUACAGCUGUGAAGAUCCCUGCUGCACCUGAUGACCCUGCAAAUAUCACUGCACUCUUUAAGAAGGGAGAAAGGCAAAGGAAAGGAAAGUGUGGGCCAGUUAGCCUAACCUCAGUGGCUGGGAAAAUGUUGAAGUCUAUUAUUAAGGAUGAGGCUUCAAGGUACUUGGAGACUAAUGAUAAUAUGUCAAAGUCAGCAUGGUUUCUGUAAAGGGAAAUCUUGCCUGACAAGUCUGUUGGAGUUCUUCGAGGAAGUAACAAGCAGGGUGGACAAAGGAGAGACAGUGGAUGUCAUUUACUUGGAUUUUCAGAAGGUAUUUGAGAAGGUGCCUCACCUGAGGAUGCUUAACAAGAUAAAAUCCUAUGGCUUUACAGGAAAGAUACCGGCAUGGAUAGAGGAAUGUCUGACAGGCAGGAGGCAGCGAGUGGGAAUAAAAGGGGCCUUUUCUGGUUUGCUGCUGGUGACUAGUGGUGUUCCUCAGGGGUCAGUAUUGGGGCUGCUGCUUUUCACGUUUUUCUGUCUGAUUUAGAUAAUGGAAUUGAUGGCUUUGUGGCAAAGUUUGCAGAUUAUAUGAAGGCAGCAGGGAGCAUGGGAACAAAAGUGGCAGAUGGAAUACAGUGUUGGGAAAUGUAUGACGCAUUUUGGUAAAAGGAACAAUAGUGCAGACCAUUAUCUAAAUGGGGAGAAGAUUCAAACAUCAGAGGUGCAGAUGGACUUGGGAGUUCUUGUGCAAGCCUCUCAGAAGGUUAAUUUACAGGAUGAGUCUGUGGUAAAGAAGGCAAAUGCAAUGUUGGCAUUUAUUUCAAGGGGAAUAGAAUAUAAAAGCAAGGAGAUAAUGCUUAGGUUUUAUAAGACUCUAGUCAGGCCACACUUGGAGUAUUGUCAGCAGUUUUGGGCCCUAUAUCUCAGAAAGGGAGUCUUGUCAUUGGAGAGAAUCCAGAGGAGGUUCACAAGGAUGAUUCUGGGAAUGAAGGGGUUAACAAACGAGGAGAGUUUGGCAGCUUUGGGCCUGUACUCACUGGAAUUUAUCAGAAUCAGGUUUAUUAUCUGUGUUGUGAAAUUUGUUAACUUAGCUGCGGCAGUUCAAUGCAAUACGUAAUAACGAAGAAGAGGGAAAAAUAAAAUAAAAAUAAUAAAUAAAUAACUCAAUUAUAGUAAACAUAUGUUGUAUAGAUUAAAAUCAUGCAAAAACAUAGAAAUAAAAUAUAUUAAAAAGUGUGGUAGUUUUCAUGGGUUCAAUGUCCAUUUAGGAAUCGGAUGGCAGAGGGGAAGAAGCUGUUCCUGAAUUGCUGACUGUGUGCCUUCAGGCUUCUGUACCUCCUCCCUGAUAGUAACAGUGAGAAAAGGGCAUGCCCUGGGUGCUGGGGGCCUUUAAUAAUGGACAUUGCCUUUCUGAGACACUGCUCCUUGAAGAUAUCCUGAGUAGUUCGUAAACUGGUACUCAAGAUGGAGCCAACUAAAUUUACAACCCUCUGCAGCUUUUUUUCAGUCCUAUGCAGUAGCCCCCACCAUACCAGACAGUGAUGCAGCCUGGAGAAGGCUGGGGGAUCUCAUGAAACCUACCGAAAAUUGAAACGACUAGAUAGGGUGAAUGCGGAGAGGGUGCUUCCUAUGGUGGGGGUAUUCCGAACUAGAGAGCACAGCCUCAAAAUUGAGGGGUGAACGUUUAGAAUGGAGGUAAGGAGAAUUUUUUUUAAGCCAGAGAGAAGUGAAUCUCUGAGUAGAGAGUAGUCUGCCACAGACUGUGGUGAAGGCCAAAUCCAUGGGUAUUUUUAAGGCGGAAGUUGAUAGUUUCCUGUUUGGUCAGGGGAUCAAAGGAUCUGGUGAGAAGGCAGGUGUAUGGGGUUGAGUGGAUCUGGAAUUAGUCAUCAUGGAAUACAGGUGCAGACUCGAUGGGCUGAAUGGCCUAAUUCUGCUCCUAUGUCUUCUGGUCUUAUCAGAACUGGAAAGGAAGGAGGAUGAAGCCAGAAGUUGGGGGGAGUGGGAGGAGUAGUGGCACAGUAGCAGAGUGAUCAGUGUAACGCUGUACAGUGUCAGUGAUUAGUGACUCAGGUUCGAUUCCCACUGUAGCCUGUAAGGAAUUUGUACGUUGACCUGGGUUUCUUCCGGGUGCUAUGGUUUCCCCCCACAUUCCAUGUUCCCUCCCACGUUCUAUGGUACCCAUGUGGUUUAGGGUCAAACACGAGAGAUUCUGGCGAUUUUGGAAAUCCAGAGCAACACACAAGAUGCUGGAGGAACUCAUCAGGUCAUGCAACAUCUGUGGAAAUGAAUAAACAGUAGACACCAGAAUAAAAAGAUGUAGGGGGAGGGGGAAAGUUAGCUAGAAGAUGAUAGGUGAGGCCAGGAGGGUGAGAAAGGUAAAGGGCUAGAACAAAAAGAAUCUGAUAGGAGAGGAGAGUGGCCCAGGGGCAGGUGAUAGGCAGGUGAGAAGGGGUAAGAAGACAGCAUGGGGAAUAGAGGAGGGAAGAUGGAGGGGAAUAAAUCGGAAGGAGAAAUCAAUAUCCAUGCCAGAUGAAGGGUACCCAGAUGGCAUAUGAGGUGUUCCUCCUGCACUCUGAGAGUGGCCUCAUCUUGGUACAAGUGGAGUCCCUGGGCCAACAUGUUACAACAAGAAUGGAACUCCGAUUUUGGUGGAUGCGACCGAGGUGUUCAACAGCAGUCUCCCAAUCUAUGAUGGGUCUCGCCAAUGUCGAGGGAGCGGUGGGCACAUUAGACAACCCCGGCAGAUUUGCGGGUGAAGUGUUGCCUGGCCUGGAAAGACUGUUUGGGCCCUGAAUGGAAGUGUUUUGGCAGGUGUAGCCUUUCUGUUGCUUACAGGGAUAAGUGCUGGGUGGGAGAUUCGUGGAGAAUGACGAAUGGGCAAGGGAAUUGGAGACGGAGUGAUCCC